UUGGCUCCCAGACUUGCUCUUCUGCAGUUUUAAAAUAUAUAAAUUGGUGAUAAUCAGCAACCUCAAUACCACCCGUUUAAACGCAUCGCGACUCAUGUAAUUUAAGACUUACUGUUCACACAAAUAAUAACUCUAACGGAGAAUAACACUAUUCAAGAAAUUUGAUCCGGGUUCUGCCUACCGUUUAUUGUAGCGCUUUACAAAUGCAAGCUAAGGUACUACAAUAUACUUAAAAUUUGAAGUCGGCAAUCAACGAAGACAUGGCAAAACACGAUAAUUGUGCUUGGAUUUGUUUUAAAGGUUUAGCGAAAAGAAGAUUCAUGUACAUAGGUAUCCUGAUGUUUUCUUUCCUGCAGCUGUUAGUAUACCAAAAGGCCAAAAGUCCUGGUGGAAAUGUACUCAUACAGAACGGAAAACUUAGUAUUAAACUUCAAGGCAGACUGGGAAAUCAGAUGUUCCAGUAUGCGUCAAUCCUAGGACUUGGUGACAUGAUGGAUUUUAUCAACAUUGUUAUAGAAGAUGUUAGAGAUGAACUGUUAUCAUCGUUUCAACUUUCGGAUAAUAGGGUGUCUUUUUCUCGUCUACCUCGCAAUGGAAAAUAUGCGAAGGAAAGACUCAACUGUGCUUUUGACAAAAGACUAACCAUGUUCAGUAAUAAAGAGGAUGUUAAUGUUGUCGGAUACCUUCAGUCUUGGAAAUAUUUUCAUGGCAUUGAAAAUCACAUAAGAAAAGAAUUUACUUUUGUUCCAAGUAUAUUGUCUAAAGCCCAAAAAGUUAAACUUGACAUCGCUUCACAGUUUAACGACACAUCGACAUUAAAAAACCGUACAUACAUCGGUGUACAUAUCCGAAGAGGAGAUUUCCUCCAAGAGAGAUUCAAAAAAGCUGGUCACUAUACUGUUACGAAGGAAUAUAUAUUUCACGCAUUACAGCUGUGCACUAGAAUGUUCGGAGAAAAUGCAAUUUUCGUAUUUUGUUCCGACGACAUAAGCUGGGUGAAAGAUAACUUCUCAAAAAACACCAACAAGUGGAAGAUGGCGUUUGUGGAGGGCAACCCUGCCGCUGUGGAUAUGGCCGUUCUGAGUUUGUGUGACCAUACCAUUGUCACCACUGGGAGUUUUGGCUGGUGGGCGGCCUGGCUUGCGGGAGGAAAAACUAUCAUUUCUAAACAACAGGCAAAGCACGGAUCAUACCUUAGCGCUCAGUUUAUAUAUUCUGAUUACUUUUAUCCAGAUUGGAUAGUAAUCGAUUGAUUGUUUCUAAACAGCGUAACAAAAGUGUAUGAUUACAUAGGAAAGUUUUAUUUCAAUUGCGAUUUCCAAUCUAUUGUCGUGUUUAUAACCAAAUAUAUGUGAAUACAUUUAAUACGCGAAGACAUUAAGCGUUAUGGAAAUGAAAACAGCAGAUUUGCUCAAAUAAAUAAUAGCAUUAUGCAUUUCAACAUGUCGUCUUUAUAUAAGGUAAUUGCAAGUCAAAUGUCUAAGUCAAAUGGUCUAAGUCAAAUGUAAAAUGCAUGUUUGAAAGUACUUCUGCUUAUAAUUGAACAAUGUCCUAAAGCGAAUAGCAAGACAAUUGCAAAGGGGUUGUGUGAAUAAUACAAUACAAAAACGCAUACACGUUAAUUUUCUUAGGGUAACAAUUAGGGUAACAAUACAAACAUGUUUGCCUCCUCUUUCUUACCGACCAGCCGACAUUGUCGAGACCUAAAUGUUCGUUGUUUUUCAGUUUUAUUUUUGGUUGGAUUAAGAAUGUUAAAACAACGCACUAUUUACAAAUCAACCCCAAAGUAGUUCCCAUGUUCACCACUGUUUAUGUUAUGUAUUUUAUGUAUAUUGGAAUGAUAGUGAUAUCUACACUAGAUAUAUGUGUACACACAUGACACAUACAAUACACAUCUCAGUACAUUCGAUAUACAAAACGAUGCUCAGGGCAUUUAAUAAAUAUGCAGAGAUUUUUGUAUGAAUGAAUAUGAACAGGUGGAAAAAGAAUCGCAUACCCGAAACUCAAUAAAGGCUAAAAUAAAGCGAUUGGUUCUUUGUAGUAUUCAGUGUCAAAAAUAAUGUAUAUUUUUACGGGCAGUUAGCGUUUUUUUUCCGUAAUGAAUAUUUUGCUUUUUUGUGAUAAUUCUGAAAGUAACAUAAAUACUCAAAAUCAACGAAUACUUCGCAAAAUAUUUCGUAAAAUAUUAACCGAUAAGUUAACCCAUAACAAUAAGCGUUUC